UCCCUGUCUGUCAGUCUCAGAUCUGGGUGUUAGACAGACGUCUGUUCUCCCAACACAACUUCUCUCUCUGCACAGGUCCAUGGAUGGAAGGUACAAAGAGCUUGCGGAGGAGCUGUUGGCUCACUCUUUGGUGGACGAUGAAGUGCGCAGCGCUCCAUAUGAGUUUCCAGAGGACAGACCCAUCGAGCAACUAGAAGAGAAACGACAUCGACUGGAAAGACAGAUCAGUCAGGACAUCAGGCUUGAGCCAGAGAUUCUGCUGAGAGCCAAACAGGAUUUCCUGAAAACCGACAGUGCUGCUGAUCUGCAGAAUCUGAGAGAGCAACAUGAGGCUGUUGUGGAUCAUAAUGUUCUGCAGGAGAAAGAGACAAUGAUAGAGAGAGAAUUUCAGCGUGUCACUGUCUCUGGAGAAGAGAAGUGUGGGGUUCCCUUUUCUGACCUGAUUGAGUCUGCAGUGUGUAUCAUCAAAGCAUUGUUUAUUAGACAGAAGUACAUGUGUGUGUCGGCGCAGGAUUUCUGCAGCACUACUGCCCGCCUGCUGCAGCAGCUCUCUGUCACACACACACACACUGCAGAACACUGUAGCUUUACUGAGGACACGGCUGAGAGCAGAGAUGCCCCAAUGCCCCAGCCAGUGUCUGAGACACAUCCGUAUGAGGGGCAGGAUUGUAGCACUCUGCCCCCUGACCUCGGCUACAGCUGCAGCAUGGAGCAUGGCAUUGUGCACAUCUGUACAUCUGUACACACAGACAGUACACAAUUGCACCUUCCGUAUCCAGACCUGCAGGAAUUUAUCAAUGAUAUGAACUUUAUGAUGGCGCUCAUCAUUAAUGGCCCAGUCAAGUCUUUUUGUUAUCGGCGACUUCAGUACCUCAGCUCUAAGUUCCAGAUGCACGUCCUGCUGAACGAGAUGAAAGAACUCGCUGCUCAGAAGAAGGUCCCUCAUAGAGACUUCUACAACAUUCGCAAGGUAGAUACACACAUCCAUGCAGCAUCUUGUAUGAAUCAGAAACAUCUGCUGCGGUUUAUAAAGCGAGCGAUGAAGAAGUUCCCCGAUGAAGUGGUGCAGAUGGAGGGUGGGCGUGGCCAAACUCUGACUGACGUCUUCCACAACAUGAACCUGACUGCCUACGACCUGAGUGUAGAUACACUCGACAUGCAUGCGGACAGGAAUACCUUUCAUCGAUUUGAUAAGUUUAAUGCGAAGUACAACCCAAUCGGAGAGUCGAUACUGCGGGAGAUCUUCAUCAAAACUGACAACCACAUCCAGGGCAAAUACUUUGCCCACAUAAUCAAGGAGGUGAUGUCAGACCUGGAGGAGAGUAAGUACCAGAACGCUGAGCUGCGUCUGUCUGUUUAUGGACGAUCCAGAGAUGAGUGGGACAAACUGGCUGAAUGGGCUGUCACACACUCCGUCUACUCACACAAUGUCCGCUGGCUUAUCCAGAUCCCACGCUUGUAUGAUGUGUACCGCAGUAAGAGACAGUUGGUGAAUUUCCAGCAGAUGUUGGAGAACAUCUUCAUGCCAUUGUUUGAGGUGACAAUCAGCCCACAAACACACCCAAAACUGCACCUGUUCCUGCAGCAUGUGGUGGGCUUUGACAGCGUUGAUGAUGAGUCGAAACCAGAACACCAUGUGUUCAAUUUGGACAGCCCUCAACCUGAUAAAUGGACUGAAGAGGAAAACCCCCCAUACGCCUAUUACUUGUAUUACACCUAUGCUAACAUGACCAUACUGAACCACCUGCGCAGGAGGCGUGGCUUGCACUCUUUUGUGCUGCGACCUCACUGUGGUGAGGCAGGGCCUAUUCAUCACCUGGUGUGUGGAUUCAUGCUGUCAGCCAACAUCUCACAUGGCCUGAUGCUCAGGAAGGCCCCUGUGCUACAGUACCUGUAUUACCUGGCGCAGGUGGGCAUCGCCAUGUCACCCCUCAGCAACAACAGUCUGUUUCUCAGUUAUCAUAGAAACCCGUUACACGAGUACCUGUCACGUGGCCUUAUGGUCUCACUCUCCACUGAUGAUCCGCUGCAGUUCCACUUCACCAAGGAGCCCCUGAUGGAGGAGUACAGCAUUGCUGCUCAAGUAUGGAAGCUCAGCUCAUGUGACAUGUGUGAAUUAGCAAGAAACAGUGUGCUCAUGAGUGGCUUCUCACAUGAGGUGAAGGUUACAUGGUUGGGACCAAGGUAUAGGUGUGAGGGUCCAGAUGGUAAUGACAUCCGGCGCUCCAACGUUCCUGACAUUCGCCUUGCUUUCCGACACGAGACUCUGUGUGAUGAGCUGCAGCUCCUUACUCAUGCUGCUAACACACAGGGGGCAGAAGAGGAGAAGCCACCGUCCUCACAGCCAAUCAGAAAUUAAAAUGACAAAAAACAGGAUUCUAUUUUCCUCUUAUAUCAUUUAUUAUACAUCUAUAUAAAUGUAACCAUAUAACAGUCAGAGUUUAGACAUUAUAAUAUAUACAG